AUGGACAAGAACCUGCAGGAGGCGGAGGCGGAGGCGAAGAAGGUGACGUACGUGGUGGACCCCAGCGGCAGCGGCGACUAUCCCAACAUCACGGCGGCGCUGGAGGCGAUCCCGGAGAGCAACACGAAGCGCGUGAUCCUGGACCUCAAGCCCGGCGCGGAAUUCCGCGAGAAGCUAUUCGUGAACAUCAGCAAGCCGUUCGUGACGUUCAAGUCGGACCCGAUGAACCCGGCCACGGUGAUCUGGAACGACACGGCGGCGUCGCACGGCAAGGACGGCAAGCCCGUGGGCACGGUGGGGAGCGCGACGCUGGCGGUAGAGUCGGACUACUUCACGGCCUACGGCGUGGUGUUCCGGAACGACGCGCCGCUGGCGAAGCCCGGCGCCAAGGGCGGCCAGGCGGACACGCUGUACGACCACAAGGGCCUGCACUACUUCAAGAGCUGCCUCAUCCGGGGCAGCGUCGACUUCAUCUUCAGCUUCGGCCGGAGCUUCUACGAGGACUGCCGCAUCGAGUCGGUGGUCAAGGAGGUGGCGGUGCUCACGGCGCAGCAGCGGACCAAGUCCAUCGAGGGCGCCAUCGACACCGGCUUCUCCUUCAAGAACUGCAGCAUCGGCGGCGUCAAGGGCGGCCAGAUCUACCUGGGCCUUGCCUGGGGGGACUCGUCUCGGGUGGUGUACGCGUACACGGAGAUGGGGGAGGAGGUGGUCCCCGUCGGCUGGGACGGCUGGGAAAUCGCCAAGCCGGAGAGCAGCGGCAUCUACUACGGCGAGUUCAAGUGCUUUGGCCCCGGCGCCGACGUCAAUAAGAAGAAGAGGGUGGGGUGGGCGCUGGACCUCACCGAGGAGCAGGCCAAGCCCUUCGUCGGCACGCGGUACAUCCUCGGCGACACGUGGCUCCAGCCACCGCCUAACACCCCGUUUGGCAAGUCUCCGGCUGCUAAAAACGGCUUCGGCUUCGACUUCUUCACAAACAGCUUCAGCUCCGGCUUCUUCAAAAACGGCUUCGGCUCUGGCUCCGGCUUUUUCAAACACGACUUCGGCUUCGGCUCGGUCUUCUUCAAACAUGAGUUCGGCUCCGGCUUCUUCAAACACGACUUUGGCUCCGGCUUCAACAAAAACGGCUACGGCUCCACCUCCUCCGAAGCAAUAGUUUCUUUGAUAGAGUAGAAGCCUUUUUAAAAAUUGUUGGCAAAAUAGCUUCUUCGGGUUUUUUUUGUGUGUGGAGUGGAUGAAAGAUAUGGAAUGUAUCUAUAG